AUGGACCGGUUUCCUGCCCGGGCGGGGCCGGGCCGCGCCCAGCGCGCAGGGGGGGGGGGGUUUGGGGGGGGCCGGUCCCGUUCUGUCGGUCCCGGAGCCGGGUUCGAGGCACGGGGAAAGGGGGGGGGGGGGGCAGCUCCGGAGGUGCCGGCAGCGGGACCCGAACCCGCGGCGCUGCGGGGCUGGGGGGGGGCUGGGGGGGGGGGCCAUGGGGUCGGUGUGGAAGCGGCUGCAGCGCGCGGGGAAACGCGCGGCCAAGGUGCGGUUUGUGGCGACCUUCGAGGAGCUGCUGGUGGAGGGGGGCAGGAGCUGCCCCACAGCUGGCAGCCGGGCAUCGAGAACCCCUACCGGGGCAUGGUGGUCUGGGUGGUCCCCGAGAGCAUCGAGGUGGUCGUCACCCUCUACCGGGACCCCCACGCCUCCACCUACGAUGACAAGGAAUGGAGCUUCCUCAUCGAGAACGAGUCCCGGGGCCGCCGCUCCGUGGUGGCGGGGGCGCCGCUGGACCUGGGCCGCCUCGGGGGGGCGGCGGCAGCGGCGGGGGGGGGGCCCCUGGCCCUGGCCCUGUCCCUGCGGCCCCGCUCCCGCCGCGUGGCGGCCGCGAACCUGAGGCUGCGGCUGAGCGCGAGCGUCCUGCGGGAGGGGCACCCGACGGACGAGGACAUGCAGAGCGUCGCGAGCCUGCUGAGCCGCCCGGGGGACGUGGCCGACCUGGGUGACUUCGAGAGCGACCCCGAGGAGGAGGAGGAGCCGCGAGGGGCCCCUGCCCCAGCCCCCCGAGCCCCCCCCCCCCGUACCCCAGAGUCCCCCCGGGAGCUGCAGGCGCUGCCUGAAGAGGAGGAGGUGGAGGAAGAGCCCAAGGCCCCUCCCCCGCGCACAGGCCCCCCCAUAAAGGAGGGUGAUUGUGGGGAUCCCCCCACACUGGGGGUACAAAGGGACCCCCCCGGCCCUGGGGGUGAACAAACCCCCCCCCAAGAGAUGGACGUGCCCCCCCCCGGGGGCAGCGGGGCGCUGCUGCGCUGGUGCCAGGCGGCCACGGGCGGGUACCGCGGGGUCCGCGUCACCAACUUCAGCACCUCCUGGCGCAGCGGCCUCGCGUUCUGCGCCCUCCUGCACCGGCACCGGCCCGAGCUCAUUGACUACGAGGCUCUGGACCCCCUCGACAUCCGGGGCAACAACAAACUGGCCUUCGAUGCCUUCUCCGCGCUGGGGGUGCCGCGGCUCCUGGACCCCGCGGACCUGGCGCUGCCGCCGGUACCGGACCGGCUGGGGGUCAUGACCUACCUGAGCCAAGUGCGGGCCCGGCUGCAGGAGCCCCCCCCCGGCACCGCGCAGGGGGGGCCCCCGUGGGCACCCCCGGACCCACAGCUCGGGGCCGUUAAGGGGGAGCCCCCAUUGACACCCCCGGACACACAGCUCGGGGCCGUUAAGGGGGAGCCCCCAUUGACACCCCCGGACCCACAGCUCGGGGCCGUUAAGGGGGAGCCCCCAUUGACACCCCCAGACCCACAGCUCGGGGCCGUUAAGGGGGAGCCCCCAUUGACACCCCCGGACCCACAGCUCGGGGCCGUUAAGGGGGAGCCCCCAUUGACACCCCCAAACCCACAGCUCGGGGCCGUUAAGGGGGAGCCCCCAUUGACACCCCCGGACACACAGCUCGGGGCCGUUAAGGGGGAGCCCCCAUUGACACCCCCAAACCCACAGCUCGGGGCCGUUAAGGGGGAGCCCCCAUUGACACCCCCGGACACACAGCUCGGGGCCGUUAAGGGGGAGCCCCCAUUGACACCCCCGGACACACAGCCUGGCUCCCUUAAGGGGGAGCCCCCAUUGACACCCCCGGACACACAGCUCGGGGCCGUUAAGGGGGAGCCCCCAUUGACACCCCCGGACACACAGCCUGGCUCCCUUAAGGGGGAACCCCCAUUGACACCCCCACUGCCACAGCUUGGUGCCGUUAAGGGGGAGCCCCCAUUGACACCACCGGACCCAAAGCUUGGGGCCGUUAAGGGGGAGCCCCCAUUGACACCCCCACUGCCACAGCUCGGGGCCAUUAAGGGGGAAGCCCCAUUGACAUCCCCACUGCCACAGCUCGGGGCCGUUAAGGGGGAGCCCCCAUUGAUACCCCCAGACCCACAGCUUGGUGCCAUUAAGGGGGAGCCCCCAUUGAUACCCCCAGACCCACAGCUUGGUGCCAUUAAGGGGGAGCCCCCAUUGACACCUCCGGACUCACAGCCUGGCUCCCUUAAGGGAGAAACCCCAUUGACACCCCCACUGCCACAGCCUGGCAAUGGCCAAGGGGGGCCCCCAUCAACACUCCCAAACCCACAGCUUGGUGCCAUUAAGGGGGAACCCCCAUUGACACCCCCAGACCCACAGCUUGGUGCCAUUAAGGGGGAACCCCCACUGUCACCCCCAGACCCACAGCUUGGUGCCAUUAAGGGGGAGCCCCCAUUGACACCCCCAGACCCACAGCUCAGCACCGCCGAGGGGGGGCACCCCUCAGAACCCCGGCUUGGUUCUGUUGAGGGGGGAGCCCCAUUGACACCCCCAGACCCACAGCUCAGCCCCACUGAGGGCCACCCCCCAUCAGGCUCCAUUGAGAGGGGGUCUCCAUUGGACUCCCAGCUUGGCUCUGGACAGGGGGGGCCCCUCUCAGUCCCCCAGUUGGGUCCUGUUAACGGGGGUGCCCCAGGCCCCCCCCCCGACCCCCAACUCAGCAUCAAUGAGGAGGGGUCCCCCUCAGAUGCUUCCAUUGAGGGGGGGCCCUCCCGGACCCCCCCAGACCCCCCGCUUGGCCCCGGCCAUGGGGGCCCCCCUCCGGCCCCUGCAGUGCCAAAGGGCGCUGGUUCCGGCCCCCCCCCGGGGGUGCUGGUGCCCCCCCCGAGGCUGCACCGCGCCGGGGGGGGAGGGAGCCGCCCCCCCCCAGGAGCCGGCCCCGCGCCCCCCCCCCGCACCAGGAGCUUCUCCCAUCUGCGCGACGCUGACCUCGUGCGGAGGCGGCGCCUGGAGCGGCGCGGGGACCCCCCCCGGACCCCCCCCCGGGGUGAUGGGGACACCGGGACCCCCCCCGCGGCCCCCCCAGCCAGGCCCCAACCCGAGACCCCAGCAGAGGAGGAGACACCGGUAAAGGGGGGGACAAGGGGGGGACACGGGGUGGAGGAGACAUGGGACACGUUGGGGGCACGGGAGGGAUGGGGCGAGGGGACACCGG